AACUCAAAGAAGAGACAGAAAAAAAAGAAAAGGAGAGAAAUCCUCAAAAUCCAUUUAAAAGAAAGAAAAAAAAGACUUCUUUAAAGAAAAUGGGGAAAGGAGGAAACUAUGUGACGGUGGCGACUUCGGAGGUAGAGGAGCUACGGCGGAAGAACGGAGAGAUGGAAAAAGCGGUGGAGGAAAUGAAGAAAGAGAUGCUGCAGCUGUGGCGGCGAACGCAGGUGGCGGAGGAGGCAGAGGAGCGUCUCUGUUCUCAGCUCGCCGAGCUCGAAGCCGAGUCUCUGGACCAGGCGCGUGAUUACCACUCUCGAAUCCUCUUCCUCAUGAACGAGCUCUCUCGUCUCUCCUCUUCCUCCUCCUCCGAUUUGGCCUCGCCGUAGAUAGAUACAAAGAUACAGGAUAUAUGUGUAUAAUGGUAGAUUCUUAGAUUGUUGGAUGUAUCUGAGUUUACCAAAAAUUGGCUCGUAUCAAUGCCAAUCUGUAGAGUUUUAUCUUUGAAAAUUUCCAUGCAAAAAAAAUGAUAUUGUUGGAAUAUAUAUGGAUGAAGUCUAUGAAUAACACAAAUUUUGUUUUACAA